CGCCCUCAAAAACGACAUUAAAUACAACCUUUAUCAUAAAGGAAAAUUCACAAUAAAUGAUAAACAAAUAAAUUAAAAAAAAUAAAACAAUAAAAUAAUCUGAUUUAAUGCACACUCACGAUUUUCUCUCUUGUUUUUUCUCUUAACUCUCAAAAGUUUUCAAAUGAAGAAGAAAAAGACCCCUUCUUUUCCCUUUAUAUGGUAGUAAUUGAUUUCUCUCUGAAAAUCAGAGCAAAUAGUGCCACUAACAAUCUUUCUUUCUUUCUUUCUUUGUUUCUGCGUCUUCGUUUUCUCUCUUUCUUUACUUGGUUCUCGUUCAGAAUUCUCAAGAAAACAAAGACAAAGUGAAGAAAAGGAGUUUCAACGGUUCAAAAUUUGAUUGAAAUGUCGAACCGUCGUUCAUCGUUUUCUUCCUCAACGACGUCGUCUUUGGCAAAACGCCAUGCAUCGGCGUCGUCAACCGAAAACCACAACGCGGGAAAGGUUUCCCUUGCGAAGAAGCGAGCGCCGCUAACAAACCUCACCAAUAACAUUUCUCAACGCUCUUCUCUGGUACCUUGUGCUACUAAAGUUGCUAAGACGAAGAAAGAGGCUUCAUCAUGUAACACUACUACAACUUGUUCUUCAAUUUCAAGCAACAAGAUACCGAUUUUGCAGAGUGCUGUAAAGUGCAAUGCUGUUGUUUUUCCGAAGCCUAGUUAUGUCUCUGCAAGGGAAGAAGGUGAUGCUAAGAAAGUUGUUGUUGCUGUUGCUGCUGCUGCUGCCCCUGUUAGUGUUCAUAUCUCAAAAAUGGAUGUUUCUCCUUGUAAAUCAGAUGGGGCAUCUGUUUCCAUGUCUGUGGAUGAGACCAUGUCUUCUUGUGAAUCUUUCAAGAGCCCUGACAUUGAGUAUUUGGACAACAAUGAUAUCGCGCCGGCCGUUGAUUCAAUUCAGAGGAAGACAUUCAGCACCCUCAACAUUUCUGAUACUCCAGAGCCACCAGCAGGGAACAUAUGCAGUAGAGACAUACUUGUUGAGUUGGAGAAAGAUGACAAAGUUGUGAAUGUUGAUAACAACUUCAUGGAUCCCCAGCUUUGUGCAACAUUUGCUUGUGAUAUAUACAAGCACCUGCGUGCAUCUGAGGCAAAGAAAAGACCUUCCACGGACUUCAUGGAGAGUGUUCAGAAGGACAUAAAUCCCAGCAUGCGUGCUAUAUUGAUUGAUUGGCUUGUUGAGGUAGCCGAAGAGUAUCGAUUGGUACCUGAUACAUUGUAUUUGACAGUGAACUACAUAGAUAGGUAUCUUUCAGGGAAUCCAAUGAACAGGCAAAAAUUACAAUUACUUGGUGUUGCUUCCAUGAUGGUUGCCUCUAAAUAUGAGGAGAUUUGUGCACCCCAGGUAGAGGAAUUUUGUUACAUCACCGACAACACAUACUUCAAAGAAGAGGUUUUGCAAAUGGAAUCUGCUGUCUUGAAUUAUCUGAAGUUUGAAAUGACAGCUCCAACAAUUAAGUGUUUCUUAAGACGGUUCGUUCGUGCAGCUCAAGGAGUCAGUGAGACCCCUUCGUUGCAACUAGAGUGCUUGACAAACUACAUUGCCGAAUUGUCUUUGUUGGAGUACAGUAUGCUUUGUUAUGCUCCGUCACUAAUAGCUGCUUCUGCAAUUUUUCUAGCCAAGUUUAUACUCUCCCCCUCAACCAAACCAUGGAAUGCUACAUUGAAGCACUAUACACAAUACCAGCCCUCUGAUUUGUGUAGUUGUGUAAGGGAUCUCCAUCGACUUUGUUGCAACAAUCCUAACUCCAAUUUGCCUGCAAUUAGGGAAAAGUAUAGUCAGCACAAGUACAAAAAUGUGGCCAAGAAGUGUUGCCCUUCCUCAAUACCUUCAGAAUAUUUUCAGAAUUGAGGAAAGAUACAGUUGAAUUGCCGUUUCUCAAGAGAGAAGGCCAUUCUUCUCUUAUCAUUGUAUAUGUAGUUACCAUUUUUCCCACCUUGAUUAGAAGAGUUCUUGUUGUAUCUGCUUUUCAUUUGAUGUGGCAUGCUCUGUGGGGGUUCGGCCAUAAAUUGACAAACAAAAUCAAGCUUCAAAGAAUCUACUUGAAUCAUUGGCUACUGCAUCUCCAUCAUUUUUAUGGCUACCACAUACACUGUCCAAUUUUAAAUAUGUAGUAAGCAGUAAAAUAGAAAUAGCACAUGAUUAAUUUGUUGAACCUUUUUU